GCGGAUGUUGUUAUUGUUUGUUUCAGCGGUGGAUAAGAAAAUGCAGUGGUCCUAAACAUCUGGAUUUAAAGGUAACAAAUUGUCAUAUCUCAGUGUUUUUAAGAGAUGAAAACACUUAAUAUAAUCUGCAUUAUUUAUUGCAUAGAUAUAUUGAGUCAUAUUCGCGGUGUAAGGUUGGAGUUCCUCACUAGCAUGUUGUUGUUAGCCUGCUAAACUCCUAGCUAACCAGGUUCAAACUUUAACUGAGUUCUGAUUUUUUUACUUUGAGAUAAUGAAAGGCUGGGUUUCUAAUAUUCCCUUUUCGCUUUGACUUAUUUUUAAAGAAGUAAAAGUUGUCUUUACUAACAAGUUUUAGCUCUGGAGCUAUGCUAACAACAAGCAGGAGCUCGGUUGGCUGGUCUCAGAGGUCAGAGCGUUUCCACAAUUUCACAAGAACAAACAAAGAAACAAAGAAAGAGGUUUUUGUAGCAGCUGACAGCCUUUGUUUUGUUUAUAACUUUAUUUUUUCCUCAUCCUUGAAAUAUUGGUUGGUAGUCUAACAAACAAAGUUCUGUUAAGAAGUUACCUAAAGAAGUUAGUCUUGUUAAACAGCUGAUUUUCUUUUGUGUUGAUGAUCUGCGAACAAAAACUCUCAUUCUGUGAAGAUCAUUUCUGAAGUUUACUUUAAAGAUUUUCGGGGAAGUACAAAUUCUUAGUGUUUACAUUUUACAACACUCAUAUUACCAAUAGAAGCUUUACUACGAAUGAAAAUACUCUAUAAAUCAUUACGAGGAGUAAGAGACUAAAGGAUAGUUAUGUGAAAUAGCUACAGCGGGGUGACGCAGCUCAAGGAAGAACAUUUCUAAUAAUUACUUUAUCAUUUCCUUUAAGUAUUAAUCAUCAUUUAAAUCAUUUUUCACUGCAGACGCGGUAGUUCUUCUGCCUUAGUGUCUCUGUCUGAUUGUAUUUCCAUGAAGAAAUUAUCAUAAAUGUUCUUCCUUGAACUGCGUCACCCCACUGUAGUCCAUAAUGGACUGGCCUGAGGUCUCGCUACAAAGAAGCGGCUGCUGGAAGAGAGUAGGUGAGUUGUGUUUAGUCUCUUCGCUAAAGAAACUAGUACUAUGUCUGUGACUCUAUAUGUCCUGUUGAUGAAGUUAGGUGCUGUUCUGAGCAUUAUUCGUGGCUAUAGAGUGGCGUUUUGGUUGAGGGCGUGGCCCUCUGUAUUGCUAUCCUGCUGUCGUUACUAAAGUUGGUAUAACUAGAGAAGCAAGCUGUCGGCAACAUUCAUCUCUGGAGGGUGUGUCUAACUCUGUGUUAUGGUGUGUUUGACCCUAAAUUAAUUUUACAUCGGAAUAUCCCUUUAAGUGGGUUAAAGCCAAUGUAAUAUGGGUUAAUGUGGAUGUGGACUUAUUUUGGAUGUAUGAUGCACAUGUUGUAAGUAUGCAUUUACAAGAGCCGCAGAAAGACAUAAAAACUGAGUUAUGGCUAAUGUACAGAUUAAUAUUUAUUGAACCUACUCCUAUUUAUCAUUGCAGUACUAAACUGCAAAUCAUACAGACCUGGAAUCUGCAUAAUAAAUAUUCCAUUUAUGCUCUAAACUCCUAUGUGUCCUCAAAAGUGAGUUUUUCUCAGAGUACGUGCAGCCCACAUUAGUCCUUUCCUUUCACUAUCUGUAGGAGCCAAAAUAUGUUUGUUGAAAGUUUGAUUUCUAUAGCUACGUCACUGAGGGGUGUGGUUUUUGGAUGUUUGGCGGGUUAUUUAAAUCUCAGUGCUGUGGUCAGACAAUGGGUUGUGGUAAGAUCUGAUAAUUUUCUGUCGACCGUUUCAAUCGUCCUGUUCUCACCUCAUUUCAUCAAAUCACUUUUUCAUUAAAAGGCAAAAGUUUUGGGCCCGGAUCAGUGUGUUUUCUUUCACUUUUGAAUUAUUAAUUGCUUUUUUUAUCACUCAAACUGGACUGAUAAUUGAACGAGUCACAGAUGCAAGCAAACCUAAACCCCAGUGGCCUUUUUGUUGAAGGAAAGCCGUCGCUACAUUAUCAACGAUCGUCACUCUGUAAACCACAGUCUUUGUGUAGCAGAGAGUUCAGAUUUACAUUAAACUGAUUUGCAUCACUGUUGUAUAACUGUAAAGUUUGUAAACUCAAGUACCUUUUUAGUUUAUGCAAAACCAAACCCUGUUCAGUCAAAACAGUUGCUGAAUUGACUCUACAUCAUUGUUUUAAUACGGUUUUGAUUGGAUUUUGAAUUUUGCAGCUGAGGCCAGUGUUUGGAUAUUUAUUUGGUGACCUUCUCUGUCCUGCGUGUUCCCCUCUCGGGAUUCAGUGGCUUAGGAAGAACUUGACCUUUGGUUUACACUAAAUUAUAAAUACCCACCCACUGGUGCUUUUGGAGGGAAGAGAAAUGGUGAUGGAGGGGCUGUGUGGGCGUUUACGUCAGAACCAGAAUAAAGGCCAUACUAAUGAGCUUAGCCAUGACCAUUAUUAGAUUAAUACAUAGUUAACAUUUAUAGUCGACUGUCAGGUCACUCAGUUGUGAGGAUGAGUCAUUGUGCCGCCAUGAUUGUCCUUUUCCUUUCAGUUAAGUCUGGGUUCGCUUUUAUCUGGUCAGAGGGACGGAGGCUUCAAACCUGCAGUUAUGAACUCAGAGAUAAAGUGUGUUUACUGACAGUGGUUUCUAGAAGUUGUUUUGAGUCUAUGCACUGACCUCCAACACAGAGUCAUGUCUGUUUCUGUACAGAGACUUUUUCAGUCUCAAAAUAAUAUGUACUGUAGCUGAUGAGACCCUUAAACAUCUUCCUGUAACUGUUGAUACUGUCGAUAUAUAUUGAAAAUUAAUUUCCCUCAAUAUCCUUUUCAAUAGCUGGCAUUCUGUAGUGUUUUUGAAGACUAUACAAAUAGCCAAUGAAAAGGGGAGUUGAUCUGGGUCCAUUUUGCGCUGAACCAGUCAUGUUGAAUUAGAACCAAGUAGCAAACAACUGCAUAGUAGCAGACAGCAGCUACAUGCAACCAUAACACUUUACCAGGUGAAGCCGAAACUGAGUGCUACCCCCGACAGAAAUGAUGAUGAAGGCUCAACAUAUGACGACAACACUGGCACGAAAACGUCGGUGGAGUGGAGGUAUUUUGGUUUUUUUGAGGUCGGACAUGAAGCAGAGUAAUGUGUACUGUAAAUUAUGUCGAGUACAUGUUUUCGCAAAGUCGGGGGUAUACCUCAAAUCUUUUUCACGACCUGAAGUAGAGCCACGCGGCAGAGCACGCGCAAUACAGAAGGUUACAAACCCUGAGCGGAGCAAGGAGCCCAUGGCGCCUGUGCAGCUGAAACAGACGACCAUUCAGUCAGCUUUCUCUAGAGCAACGCCUUACGACAAAACGUCAAAGAGACACAAAGACCUCACAGAUUCAGUAGAUUAUUAUAUUGGAAAAGACAUGCUACCAAUAAACACUGUUACAUUUAAUUUUUUAUAUUGUGAUAUAUAUCGAAAUGUAAAAAAUAUAUUGUGAAAACCUUUUUCCCAUAUCGCCCAGCCCUAUUUGCAAACCAUCAGAUUCUGUGUUUAUUGGGGCACAGGCCUGGUCUGGUGGUUGAGUCUAGUUCCCCUUAUGCAGAGGCUGUUGUUCUCAAAUGUGCAGUCUGCGUUUGAUUUCAGCCUGCAGCUCCUUAUUUCAUGUUGCUUCUGCAGGAGGUAAAACUUUUAGACUUUCACCAUCUUUGAUUUACUCUUACACACGUAAAUCAGUAACAUUCUAGAGCAGAUCAGGGGGUCCACAUGAUCAGCUGCAUCUUCAGAGGGUGAUGUUAGCGUAGAAAAGCGCAGAAGUGUAACCUCUCUGGCCUUUGGCUCGUGGCUCGCUGGCGUUACUUUCCCACCCUGUUUGUGGACGUUGAGCAUGUCCAGACUUAGCCCUGGUGCUGCCACAGCUCUGCUGCCUGUGGGUCACUGAGCUGCUCUAUCAGCAGACCAGAUUUAGACCAGUGUCCAGAUUGAAAUUUGAGCUGGUAUUUGGGCCGUGGUGCCGAGGAAUGUUGUUAAACGGUGAGCCGAUGUUGUUCAGAGAAAACGAGGCUUCGGCUUCCUCUGCUGCGUCAGUUUGAUGGGCUGUUUUUAGAAGCUCUACACACCAUACUGUAUAUAUAAAAUACUCAUACAUGAAGAUAUUUCUACUUUAGUGCUCUAACCUCUGACAUUUUCUUUAUCGACAGGACUGAUCUCCUGUCGUGUCAAAGAUGGCGAGAAACAGAAAGUGUAUCCUCUGUGAAACAGUCUAUGUCUCCAAGCAGGUAAACUCACCUUCACACUCGUUUCUGUCCUCCAAAGUUGUUUUUAUUGAUUUUUCCUCGGAUGUAUUUCAGCACCGAACACCUAAAGAGAAAAGAUAAUAAUAAUAAUAAUAAUAAUAAUAAUAAUACUAAUAAUAAUACUAAUAAUAAUAAACAAUAGAAAUAAUAAUAAAUAAUAAUUAUAAUAAUAGUUAUAAUAAUAAUAAUAAUAGUUAGAAUAAUAGUUUAAAAAAUUAUAAAAGUUAAAAUAGUUAUAAUAACAAUAAUACUAAUAAUAAUAUUAAAAAGUUAAAUGAUGAUACUUAUAAUAAUAAAAUUUAAAGUAAUAAUAAUAAUAAUAAUAAAAGUAAUAAUAAUAAUGAUAAUAAUAAUAAAGACAUAACUAGAUUAGAUGAAUAAAUCUGUAAAUAUUAAGGUAAAAACUAUGCAAAAGCAUACAUUUUUAUUCUUAUCUUUUCUUUUAUAUUUCCUUUAUAUUUAUAUGGUUGUUUUACUUUAUUUUAUUUUAUUUUAUUUCUAUUGUUUGAAUGUGAUCUGAUUCUGUAUGAUCUUGGCAUUGUUUUUACCUUCAUACUCCUUUCAAUUUAAUACAAUAAUAUGAAUAUUUAAGGUUUUAAAAAUCAUAGCUAUAGGGGUGUUUUUCUAAUUUGGACGAUAUGAUGCCCGUUAUCCUCAUUGUAUUUUAUCUGCAAACUUUUAUUCUGGUUUCAGAAAAACCACGUUUUAAAAGUCCGAGACUUGUUGUGGAGCAGAUAAAAUUGACACUGAUGCCUCUUAAUGGGCUACAAAAACAAACAAAAUCAUCAGCAUUAACACUGACACUUUCUAUACUGUGAGUUUAAUACUUGAAACCAGUAUAGAGGGAAGCUUUAACUGUUUUUUUUUCAAUAGUUUGAUAAUUUAAUAGUUUAUUCAGCUGGACAAAUAGAACAAUGUUUAUUUUCUUAUCAUCUCUAUGACUCAUUUUCUGAAAACUUCAAGUCUCAUGCUUGCCAAAUAAUUCCAAGUAUGCGAUCUCCUGAUAGAAAUCUUAUUUCCACCGUGUUUCUGCAGGAGAUGGAGGAGCACAUGAGAAGCAUGCUGCACCACCGAGAGCUGGAGAAACUCAAAGGCCGGUGAGUUGUUGCAUGAUUUAACAUAAUCACUGCAUGCAUGAGUAUCAUCUUCUCCAUUAUACACUGACCCUGCAGAGAAAUCAUAGAUGCAUGUCCCUGUUUCUGACUGCAUCAUCAUCCUGACCAAAUCUGUGAGCUGCGAAGUGAAAUACUUGUUGAGUUUGACUUUAACGACUUUUAUCCAAAUUUAUUUGGGUCAGCAGGCACGUGUGCACACUGGCACGUGCUCAUCAUCACAAGCGGUUCUAUGGGCAGCUGUCUCAUCUGUGGCACAUAUAUAUUUAGACACAAUCUCUCUCCGGAACAACAGGCAUGACCGAUAGGAGGCAACUGGCUAUCUUAUGACCGCCAUGUAGAUUACUAAAAGUAUGCAGCCUGUCGCUGAGAUGGAAGAAUCUGGAGGCGAGCGAAUGCUGAUUCGAGGCUGGGGCAGUUGCUGCAUGGCUGAGAUUUCAUAGAAACACUUUAGCAAAUGUUGCACAUUUUCAGAUCAGAUGGUUUGGUAAAAUGUUUGCAGGAAGUGUAAGAUUGUAAAAGUCAUUCAAAGGUUACAGUUGCUGGAAAGUUCACAGCGAUAUAGAAGACAGGAAUAGAGUGUAUGAAGCUAAACUUAUACCGCAACCAAAUAAAAGGUCCAUGCUGAUUUAUAGAUUAUCAUAACAGUUUAGUACUGUUAAAUUUUAGUAUGAUUAAAGUCAGAAAUCAACAUCCUGUGUAUUUGCAUGUAGUUAAAAAAAACACUCUUUCACUUUUGAAACAAAAAACAUUUUACUGUUAAAAUUUUGUGUUUAUCAGAAUAAUAAACACCACCAAAGUGCUUUAAGACUGAUUCACCAGCAGGCCUAUCAUUCAGGUAAAGCAGCUAAAAUCACCACAGAUCUGCUGAUGAAGUUUGUGUUUGAGAGAAAGUUACUAAACUGGAACUCCUGAAGAGUGUAAAUGGGGUUUUAUUAACCAGGAAUCACUGGACGGCAGCGACGAAUCAGAAUAAUCAUGGAGUCAAUCUAAAAAUUCAGAUUAUAAAGUGUAGUUUAUUACAUUUAUUUGAUUCCCAAAUCAAGACUCUGGUGCAGAACAGUGUUAUUAUAUGUUUAUUGGAGAUCCGUACUUUGGAGUAGGGCUGGGCGAUAAACCGAAAAUUUACAGAUACCGAAAUUUACGUCAUUUUGCUCAUAUCGGUAUAUUCGGUGUCGAAAAAUAAAUAAAAGUUGGUUUUGGAUGUGUGCAGGUAGGCUAUGGUCUCAUGAAAGACAAGUGAGGAGAUGGAGGACGGUUCAAAAGUUGUAGCAGCUGAAGUAGACGAAGUUAAUGUGGAAGGGGGUGAGCAGCUUGUGGAGAAGUUAUCGUCCAUUUAUGGUUAUUUAGGUGAACUGAUCAAUAUAUCGUGUUAUUGAUUUGAGACCAUGUCGCCCAGCCCUACCUCUGUCUGUUGACAAUGUGGCAAAAACACUGUUUCUGGUAGCGUCUGUAAACAACAACAUGGAGGACAUUUUUAAUAUUUGACUUGAGAGCUUAAAAGUUUACAUUUAUGGUUACCAGUUAGAGAAGAGGAAAACGACACAGAAACUAGGGAGCUGAGUGAAAGAGACAUCAGCCAAAUUGAAGAAAACAGACACAAAACAAUGGAACAACAAAAUGGUACGUGGCCAAGAAGAAGACCUUACACAUAUGCUGCAGAGAGUCAACUCAUUUGCUUAAAAAGUGAGCUGCAAAGUUAUUCUUCACUUGGUUUAUUUUGAGGGUUUUAGGCCUGUAUCCAUGGAGAAGGUAGAGGGAGAAAGCAGGAAAUGGCGUGGCAGAGUGUCGCCUGCUUCAGGGCCUGUUGCCUCUGAUCACAAAGCACAUGAUUCAACCACGAAGCUAAACUGGCGUCCCCAUUUCGCCCAGCCCUACUUUCAAGUGUUUGGCUCCCACUCUCCCACCUUUUCUGUUUUCUCUGACCUGUAUAAUGAUUCUCUCACAUUUCAAACUUUUUCACUGUAAAUAAAAAGACCUCAGAGGAGAUCUUUGUUUCUGACGGAGGGUAAAUUUCACCCUAAAGUGAGAACGAAGGUGCCAAAAUCGAAUGAGAAACACUAUCUCAUCGAUAAAGAGUUUGCCAACUGCACGAGAGGUCAUAAAAUGGCAGAGCGCCAUGACACAGAUCUGAAAAAGAAGUUGAGAAGCAGCCAGGAGAGUCACUGCCCCUAUCAGAGUCACAGGAUGGCAUACUUGGGAGAGGUUUUGUGAAGUUAAGGCUCUGAGCAGCUGCACCGGGAUCCGGUUACACGGGCCUCGCUCAGGAUUGGUCAGGAGGAGGCCGGAGUCUAUAACACAUGCCGGGGGGGAUCUCAGGGAGACGCGUGAGGUCAAAUACAGACACUGCUUUCUGUAGAGUCUCAGAGCGCAGCGGACACCAUCAUGAAAGCGCGCUAGGCUGAGGGCGCCGUGCCUCUCUCCCCUUCUGUGCUGCACGGCUGGACAUAAACAGUUAGCAUGCUGCCCGAGUCCAGCCUGGCUGCUCCUCCUGCCGUCCUCGCUCCGCCGCCGAUGGCCUGCUGAGGAGAGACGGAAAACACAGGAUCAGGAUGAUACACUUUUUAUUUUUUUAACAAGAGAAAAUUAUAAGUUAGCUACCUCCUGAUCCGUCACCGAUAGAGAAUUAGGAUCUUUUUGAAGGAUUGUCGAGUAAUCUCCUCUCCUUACGUUAUUUUGACUUUAAGUCACACAGAGAGUAGAGCCAUAGCGCGUCAUAGCGGGCUCUGCAGGCAAGAUAAAAAAAAACAAACCAGACCAGAUCGCAACCAUGCCCGAAGGAACGAUUGAACGCCCGCUCUCGCCUUCCCUCCCCAGGGACUGCGGACACGAGUGCAGGGUGUGCAAGGUGACGGUGGCGAGCCUGACCGAGUACGCCGGCCACAUCUCCAGCCCCUCACACAAACAGAACGUGGAGGCCGCGGAGAAGAAGCACGCCGGGAACGAGCGGGACGAGGACUACUUUGAUCAGGCUUUGGUGCAACUGGUGGAGAAGAGGAAAGAGCAGAUCAGGUAAGAGGAGUUCAAACUUACGAACAGGAUUUAUAAGAAACACAGAAAUCCAGAUAUCUUGAUUUCCAGUGUAGUGUGUCUACGAUCAUAGCCAUCCUUGUCUCUGUUUUUUGGUAAAUAAUCACGUUUAAGGGUAAGUGAUAGGGCACCUGCUCUCAUUUGUGUGUACAUAAGCCUUGUAUAGUCACAUCUCGCUCAGGCCGGAUUUAGCUGCGGCUUCAAUCUGAGCUGCAGAGGAGUCGGAUGUCAGGAGACCGGAGCCUAAAAAAAGCCGGACUUAAACUCACAAAGGAGAAAAACACAAAAACAAAAACCUAAUUUGACAAAACACGGACACGCAGUGAGACUGUAGGAGGAAAACUCAUAGUUUUAAACUGAGGUACAUGUGUAAGUUUAUAAUGAGUCGUGAGGUUGACUUUGUUGCAUGGCAACAGUGGAGGAGGCUUCCAGACAGCAGGGAGGCAGGGAGGGCGUUGGGUUCAGAUAACGUAGAAACCCAAAGUUAGAUUUUUUGAAUUUGCUACUUGAGUUUUAGUGACUUGGGAUUCUCCAGGGUUUGAUGAGGCACAACAAUUACUUAAAGGGAUAUUCCGGCGUAAAAUUAAGUUAGGGUCAAACACACCGUAACACCAAGAUAGACACCCCCGUCGAGAGAUGAAUAUUGCCAACCGCUUACUUCUCUAGUUAUAGCAUAGCAACAGCACCUAACUUCAUCAACAGGACAUAUAGGGUCCCGGCUAUAGUACUACCCACCAAACAUCUUAUUAACUUUGACUAAUUUCUUAACACAACUCACCUACUCUCUUCCAGCAGCCGCUUGUCUGUAGCGAGACCCCAGGCCAGUCCAUUAUGGACUACAGUGGGGUGCCGCAGCUCAAGGAAGAACAUUUAUGAUCAUUUCUUCAUGGAAAUACAAUCAGACCAAGACGCUAAGGCAGAAGAACUACCGGGUCUGCAGUGAAAAUUAUUAAUAUGGUGAUUAUUACUUCAAGGAAACGAUAAAAAAAAUGAUCAUAAAUGUUCUUCCUUGAGCUGCGGCACCCCGCUGUAGUCCUAAUGGCCAGAGGUCGCUCUACAAACAAGCGUCUGCUGGAAGAGAGAAGGUGAGUUGUGUUUAGUUUCUUUGCUAAAGAAAUGAGUCAAAGUUAAAAAGAUGUUUGGUGUCUAGUACUAUGGCUGUGACCCUAUAUGUCCUGUUGAUGAAGUUAAGUGCUGUUCUGAGCAUUAUUUGUGGCUAUAGAGUGGCGUUUUGUUUGAGCGCAUGACUCUCUGGUCGUUACUAAAGUUGGUAUAACUAGAGAAGCAAGCGGUCGGCAACAUUCAGCUCUCCAGGGGGUGUCUAACUCGGUGUUAUGGUGUGUUUGACCCUAAAUUAAUUUUAUGCUGGAAUAUCCCUCUAAGUCCGGACCAUGUCUGUCCCAGGUCCAGAUUCUGCAUCAUCCCUCCCUCUCGACUCCUGUUAUUUUUUUACAGUUCAGUGAAAAAUUUGCUGUUUGUUUCCAGAAAAGAAAAAGAGGCCGCCGCUGCGAAGUUGGCCAUAGAGGAGGAAGAGCGGAAGCAGAACGAGGAGAUUCAGCGGCGGUUAGAGGAGGCGAAUGAGCGGUACCAGAGGGAGCGCGCCUGGCACCAGCAGUGGCAGGGCUUUAAAGGACCCGGUCACAACAGAACCUGGUUCAAGAGCAACCAGUUUAACCCCAGAUCAGGGGGGCCGGAUCCCCGGUACCAGAACAAGCAGGGAAAGAGCGCCACCUGGCACGCUCAGGAGCCCCCAAACCUCCAAAGAUGGGGGUCCGCAGAGUUUGGCGGCGGGAAUUUUAAUAGCCAGGACCGUUUUGGGAACAGGCAGAACCAGGGUCCAUUUCAACAGAACCGCCUGCCUUGGCUCAGCAGUGGAGGCAGCAGUAACGGGUUAUACGGCCGGAACAACAUUUCCCAGUUUGCUCAGGGGAACCGGCCCAUGAACAGGUUUGAGACCCCGAUGUAUCCGCCGCCGCCAUUUUUGUUCACACAGCCGAAUAACCAAGGAGGUCAUAUCAGGUUCCAGAACGGAGACGGACGACCCGCAGAACCGGAGCACAACAGGAAUCCUAAGACCUUCGGGAGCAACCCCAAGCUGGACAAAAGCGCUCGCUGGUCCCCUUACCCGGUCUCGAAGAGUUCUGAAUCCGCGCCCCACAAAGAUACAAACUCGUUAGAGAAACACCCGAACGCCAAAGUCCCAGAAACUAGUUCUGUCAACAAGAAGAAACAAGGGCCGAUGACGUCGAGUCUUGAAGACAAAGAAAAACCCAAAGUGAAACCCGGAAACAAACCCAGGGAUGAAGGAAGCAGCAGCGAUUCUACACCUGGUCCGAGUAAACCGGAACCACCUAAAGACAGGAAGGUGUCGUCGAUCUUUGGCCUGAAUAUUAAAACUAAAAUCGGUAAACCCUCCAAUCAGACGCAGCCACAAUCAAAACCAAAACCCAGUUGCCCGGUUCCAGCUGUCGGGCCCCUGCAGUCCAGGAAAGAACGGCAGCUCCCCGAAACCUUCAACAAAGCCAAGCAGGCCGUGCUGGAGAGGAGGGCGUCCAUGGAGAUCUCCAUGGCGGCGCAGCAGAGGGAUAACGGACCGAGUCAGACCGGGGUGAACAAAGAAAACACCUGCAGGCAGAACGCCGCAAAACCGAGUCUACCGGACUCAUUGAGGCCGGAAAAGCCGGGACUACAAUCCCCAGACAGCAGCCAGUUCCUCCAGUCGCUGCAGGUCAGCACCUCCACGGUUGAGAGCUCAGAUCCUGCAGCCUCGAGUAAAGACGGCGAAGAAAUCAAGAGGAAAGAGAACGAGACGUGCCAAAAGGAAGUGAUGCAAUCUGUGGAGGCGGGACAGAGCUCAGAGAGCGACACGUCCAGAAACGGCGAAACACAGCAGACGGUUUCAGGGUCGAACACAACAAGUCUGUCUAAACUGGACCUUCCUCCCGUCCUCAAACGAGACCUGACCAAACACAUCAGCUCCAAGAGCAAAACAGGAAGUCACGAGCCCAACCUGAACAUCGCCAGGCGGGUUCGAAACCUGAGCGAGUCGCGGAGAGGUGACGCGGAUAAAGACUCGGGGCUGAAACCGACCGUCAGGCAGCUCAUCAGCUCCUCCUCCAGACGCAACGUGAACUGGGAACAGGUCUACCAGGAGGUCCGGAAGAAGCAGGACCAAGGGAGAGGCAUGCCCAGGUCAGUCGAGAGAAAAUCAUUCAGAGUUUUUUUAGUUUUCCAUCUCCGCUCGAUCUCUGAGUCCUGUCUUUCUUCUUCUCCUGCAGGUUCGGGAUCGAGAUGGUCCCAUGUGAGCACGAAGACCAGAGCCAGGAGGAGGACCAUAUUCCCCUGCUGGAGGGUUUCCAAUGGGAGUCAUUCAUGGACAUCGCUACACCCGGAUCCUCUAGAAAACGCUCCCUAUCUGAGAGCUCGAUCGCCCCUGCAUCCGCCCACUCCCUGUUCACGUCCCUCACCUCACAGGAUCCACCCACAGACGGCUCAGAGCAGCAGGGGUCCUCCGUCUCCACCAAGACCAAGCCGGAAGAACGCGACACAGACGAUCGGGGUCAGCAGGAGGAGGAGGAGCAGAUGCUGGGUCAGCUCGGGGAUCAAGCUCAGAAGCAGCCGGAGAAACUGACGUCGGCGUCUGUGAAGGCUCUGCAGAGGUCUGACUCAGCGCUCGGGGACAGCAGUUCAGGGACGGAGCAGCAGGACGGCCAGGGGGCGGGGAAGAGGCGGCGAGGAGCCGGGGUGAGUAAAACACGGACCGAGCCGUUUCCUUCGCAUUUGUAAAUGAAGUCAGUUUAUAGAAAUCAGGAGAAGAGAGAGGACAACAACAGUAAAGGCGUUUUUUUGCAUGGAUUUUAAUGUAGGGCUGGGCGAUAAACUGAAAAUUGACCGAUACCGAAAUCUUUCAGAUAAUGCAGCUAAAAUCACAACAGAUUUACUGACGAAGUUUGUAUUUGAGAAAAAGUUACCAAACUGGAACUCCUGAAGAGUGUAAACAGUGUUUUCUAAACCAGGAAUCACCGGACGGCAGCGACGAAUCAGAAUAAUCUUGGAGUAAAUCUAAAAGUUCGGAUUACAAAGUGUAGUUUAUUACAUUUAUUUGAUUUCAGUGUCAUUGAUCAGUGUUAUUAUUGAUUUAAAACUGCUUAAUUAUUGGACAGCUGUACUUUCAAGUAGGGCUGGGCGACAAACCGAAAAUUUAUAGAUACCGAAAUUUACGACAAUAACCGACGUUAUUUUGCUGUCAUUUGAAGUAGACGAAGUUAAUGUGGGAGGGGGUGAGCAGCUUGUGGAGUAGUUAUCGUCCAUUUAUGGUUAUUAAGGUGUAGGGCUGCAACGAUUAGUCGACGUAAUCGAUUACGUCGACACGACAAAUUCAUCGACACGAAAACAAAGCGUCGACGCGUCGUGUUAUUGUUGUUAAGAAUCACAUGCCGGCGCCUCAUGCUCAUCUAUAACUGCAGUGCACUACAGGAUGUGCUGGGGGCAGUAGCGCUCGCUGUCUACAUCCCGCGAGCAAACACAGAAGAAGAGUGCACACAUUAUGGCAGAACAAACUGAAAAAGACACUCCAAAACUCGGACCCAAAACUUCAAAAGUUUGGGAACAUUUUACGGAGAACAAACCAAAAAAACACGUCGAUCAAAGCUCAGCUUUCCUACCAUGGCAGCACCACGGCGAUGCAUGAGACCCUGAAACGCAGACACCCCGGAAAUAGGUGUUUAUAAAUAAAGAAGAUAGUGAUUAAUCGGACGAUUAGUCGACAAAAAAAUAAUCGUUAGUUGCAGCACUAUUAAGGUGUACUGAUCAAUAUAUGGUGAUAUUGAUUUGAGGCCGUAUCGCCCAGCCCUACUUUAAUUUUUUUUCUAAUGUACCAAACUUUCCGACUCUUCAGGCCUUUAUUGGAGCAGGUCUCUAAGUUUGAUGGAGGUGAAAACUGCUCUGACUGACUGACCGAGUGUGUGGACGUCCUCUUUCUUGGUGGAUCUUCAGUCUUUUUAUUUUAUUUCUUUGUUUCUGUCUCGUAGGAUGUCCCGGGUGCAGAGGUGUUGUGCCUUGAACACAAUAAUAAAAGGAGAAAGGUCAAAUCUAAAAAGGGUAAGGAGCAAAUCUUGAUGGACUUCACUCAUUUAUUUUAUUCACGUCACUUUUGCAGUUUGAUUUUCGAGGUUCCUGUAAAAAAAUCUGUUUUCUUUUAGCUCGUGUUCAUCAGGUGUCUUUUCGUGUCUCUGCAGAGCGUUUACAGAUCGACCAGCUGCUCACCGUGUCUCUGAGGGAGGAGGAGCUGAGUCGCUCCCUGCAGACCGUGGACACCAGCCUGAUCCAGGCCCGCGCCGCUCUGCAGGCCGCCUACAUGGAGGUGCAGCGUCUCGUGGUGGUCAAGCAGCAGGUGAGUGUUUCAGGUCUUUGAGCUGAACCAGGAUUUACGUUUGUGAGUCUUUUAUUAAUCGACUCUUUAUCGUCCUUCUGAAGAUGACGGGAGAGAUGAGCACGCUGAGGAACAAACGCAUCGAGUUACUAAAAGGGAUGCAAGGUAAGAGCGCGUCUGAGGAUUGAAGAUAACUUCGUGUCGAUCAGAAGUUGUCAGUGAAAUAAAGUUCAUCGUGUUUAUUUAUUUUUAUUUCUAUAGGAAGUGUAGAUGAAGCUCCUCAGGUCAAACCAAAAGAAGAAAGGUUGGAUCCGGUCGACACGGAGCCGUACCCGCCCUCCUGCUCCACGCCCCCCUCUGUCACAAACCCACAGAGUCCCGGUCCCCCCGCUCCCUUUAAACCUGUCGUCAUCAAACAGGAGCCUCAGUCUCCGGUCCACGUCAGCUCAGACUCCGAUCCUCCAUCUCGCACCACCCGCUGCGCUCACAGCACCACCCCGGAGCUGCGGGUCGGCCCCGCCGCUGCAGCCUCUCCACCAGAACUGAACCAAACCUCCUCAGACCAUCAGCUGGAGACCUCCGCUGAUCCGGCGGACUCUAAAGAGGGUCUGUCAGGACUGGUUGAGAUGGCGGACAAAUCCACGCAGUCGACUAGAACUGCCUUCGCUCCUCCCCCUGACUCCAAAUCCUCCGUGAAGCUUCUCUCCCCGAGCAGGAGGGGCUCCGAAGCGGGGAGUGUCGGCGAUUGUUCGGCGGCCUCGCAGUUCGAGCCCCCCUCCGCCCUGAACCCGCCCGCCUCUCCGUCUGAGCUGAGGAACGGGAAGCGCGUGAAGAAGCGAAAGAAGAGGAAGGUGCUGAAGAAGGCUCAGGGGGCGGAGCUGCCGGAGAGCAGCGACACCGAGCUGGACGGCGAGGUUCUGAGGCGGAGGUGGCAACGACCGCACAGGAGACCCAGCGGGAGCUCUCAGGUCAGCACCUCCACCUCGCUACCCGUGGAGGAGAGAGAGGGCGACGUGAACAUGGAGGCCGGCGAGGACAGGAAAGUGGACUUCAAGUCUCCUAAACUCCCUCCUGCUGAGACCCCCGUGAACUCAGACCCAGAUGAAGUCAUGGAGGUCACCGCGGACUUCCAGCAGACUCCUCCUCCUCCUUCAGUCCAGGUCUCCUCCGGAAGAAGACCUCAGAGUCUGGCCUGCAACGAGGUCUCGUCCACCAGUGACAUGGAGAUCUGCAAAUCCUCCGAGAGGUGAGACUCGACGAAGACUUCUGAGUUUUCUCCAGAGCUUUUGUCGUCUUUAUUCAAAGUCAUCAUCUCCUCUUCUUCUCCCUGCAGCGAUUCACGGUUUCCCGUCUCUUUGCCCAGACCCGUGAAGACCUCCUCAGGUACGGAUCCAGAUCUGUUUGAGCAGAACCAGAUAAAAACAUCGUGAUAGUCUAAUGAAGAUCGUUGAACAAACUUGAAUCCUGACUUUUCAGAUGCAUCUUCUGACCACGGCGAGGACGAUCUCCCCACUGAGGGUGCGUUCGAGGGCCACCAGGAGGCCGUAAACGCCAUGCAGAUCCACGAGGGGCUGCUGUACACGUGCUCAGGAGACCGGACCGUCAGAGCCUUCGACCUGGUGGUGAGUGGAGAUCAGAUUCUUCUCUCUAACCUUCUUGGACCUUCAGCUUAUUCAGUAUUUUCAGUCAGUGCGACAACCAAAGAGUUUUUGUGUUUUUGUUUGCAGACUCACAGAUGUGUGGGCGUGUUCGAAGGUCACAGCUCGAAGGUCAGCUGUCUGCUGGUGUCCGCCGCUCCCUCCCUCCACCUACGCCUUUAUUCGGGCUCCAGUGACCAGACCAUCCGCUGCUACAGUCUCAAGGUAACCUGCAGCGACCGCUUUCCUUCAACAAAAAGGACGCUUGAGUUUAGGUUUGAACGAUCAGUCCGGUUUGAGAGUUAAAAAAUGAUUUACUGUUCAAAAAAAGGAAAGAAAACACGCUGAUCCAGGUCUGAAUCCUUUACCUUAGAAUGAGAAAAGUGAAAUAUGCUGAAAAACAGUCAACGGAAAAUUAUCGGAGCUUACAACCCCAGUCUGACUACACCGGUGAGAUUUAGAUAACCUGCCAAAUAUCCUAAAACCACACCCCUCUGGAAGUGACGUACCUAGAAGAAAUCAAACUCAACAAAUAUAUUCACAUAUUCACACAUCACACUGCAUCCAAACCUGUCCUUACUCUCACUCUCUCAUCUUUUUUUAGGGUUGUUGUGUUUCUGUUUUUGUCGUCUGUCAGUCUGAGGUUCUUUUUUGUCGUUUUCAUGACCGUUAAAUUGUUCCGUUUUAUCCGUCUCUCCGUCUCUCCGUCUCUCAUGAAGAGUUUUUGUCGUUGUUGUUUCUCACCUGCAGACGAAUGAACUGGAGCAGCAGUUCUCUCUCUCAGACCGGGUCCUCUGCCUCCACAGCCGCUGGAAGUUUUUGUACGCCGGUCUUGCAAACGGCGCCGUGGUGACCUUCAACCUCAAGGUGAGACAUGUGUGCUUACUUUAAAUGUAAAUGUAAAUGUAAAGCAGACAUCUAAAAGCUCAUCUCUUCUACUUUUUCAUCUUUUCUUUCCAGACAAACAGAGAGUCGGACGUGUUCGAGUGCCACGGGCCGCGGGGUGUGAGCUGCCUGGCCUCGUCUCAGGAAGGCGCCCGCAGGAUCCUGCUGGUCGGCUCCUACGACAACACCAUCAGCGUGAGGGACGCCAAGAACGGGCUGCUGCUGCGCACGCUGGAGGGACACACCAAGCCUGUGCUCUGCAUGAAGGUAGGAGGAGUCAGAAACAUGAACCCUGAAACGUGACUUUAUUUAAGUUCGCUUGGAGACUUGGGCGGCGGUGACGGGUUUCCUGAUCUCUCUUUCAGGUGGUGAAUGAUCUGGUCUUCAGCGGCUCCAGUGAUCAGUGUGUUUGCGCUCAUAACAUCCACGUGAGUCCUCCAGAUUAACUCACUUUUCCCACAUUUGAGAUUAAAACCUGAACGUCUUUAGAUGUCGUUGUUAAUCUUUCUUCAAAUCCAUAAUCCCACAGACAGGAGAGCUGGUUCGGGUCUAUAAGGGGCACAGUCACGCCGUCACCGUGGUGUCCGUCCUGGGGAGGGUGAUGGUGACGGCCUGUCUGGACAAACUGGUCCGAGUCUUCGACCUGCAGGUCUGCGUCCUCCCGAGUUCACUCCCUCCUCUUUGUCAGAGUUUGUAGAAAUCUUGUCGACGGUGAUUUGAUGUUGUCUUCGUUCUCUCCUCAGUCUCAUGAGCAGCUGCAGGUUUACGGAGGACACAAAGACAUGGUGAUGUGCAUGGCCAUCCACAAAAACAUGGUGAUCCUUUUUUCUUUCUUUUUCGAUGUGUAGAAAGAGGAAACAUGGAGAUCUUAAAGGCUUAUCUUCAAACGUUUGUGUUUCAGAUCUACACAGGCUGUUACGACGGCAGCGUGCAGGCCGUCAAGCUCAACCUGAUGCAGAACUACCGCUGCAAGGUGAGAGAAAGACCACGUCCUGGAUGAAACCACGAGGCCUGAUGUUUGCAUUUUUAGAGGAACUGAAAGUUUCAUCUCUUCUGUUUUCAGUCGCACGGCUGCUCCAUGGUGUUCGGGAUGAUGGAGCACCUGCAGCAGCACCUCGCCACCGAACACCCGGCGCUGAAGACCCGCUGGAAGAACGGUGAAGAUUUCGUUUGUGGACGCAACGGCUCCAAGCAGGUAAAAUCCACGUGUUCUUGACGUCUCUCGUGGGGUUUGCUGAGUCUGGUGCUCCUCUCAGCUGCAGACGUUGAUGUUUUCUGAUGUUUGUGUUUUUUUUAGGGGACGCUGAAGCAGAAACACGCCGAGGAGGAGGCUGAAGUGGAGCCUUAAGGACCUCCUCUCUUUUUAACCUCCCAUAUUGGGGGGGAUUUUCUCGGGACCCACUUAACUGAUGAGUGGCGUCCGAUGACUCCAUCCUUUAUGUUCCGUGUUGGAAUCCAACCAUAAAUAUGACUGGCGGAGGGAGGGUUGGUUGUGCUGUUCUUUUUUUGUACGUACACGCCGUUCUCUCUGUCUGACCACCGCAGCUCCUCUUCUCACUGACCAAAGUACGACUAAGAAACUCGUUUUUUUUUUAACUGUUGUUCGUUUAAGAAGAAACUUCAGAGUCGCCAGAAAUUUGAGGGAAUUGUUUCGCUUUCCUGUUAAAACAAAGACCAACAAACGUCCCCGGAUUGGUCGGCUCCACUAUGGCAUGGGCUCAGAGAUGUUUUUACUUGUUGUUGUGCAGUUGUGAGGUGUCUCUUUGAGCAACUUAGAAUUUUUCUUUUCUUUGACUUUAAAAAUCGAGGGUAACCGGGUUCGAUAACCUCAUAUUUUAUGACGGUAAUGAAACAGACGUAGCUCUCCGGGCUGUUUGGAUGAAACUGUGAUGAUUUGUUUCAUUGGAGUGACACUUUUUUUUAUUAAUCACGGUUUGGUUUUUAUUUUUAAUCACAGGGAAAACCCAAACUCCUAACAGUCUUUUUCUUUUUCUUUUUUUUGUUUUGUUUGACGGUUAAGUUUAAUUUUUAUUUUUCCUGGUUGCUCAGGAGUUGAAGGACUUUGGUGCUGUGUUGUUUUGGUAUUUGAGAAUUGACAUUUGCAGUGAAAACAGACCCAAGACGUGGGGUUGGUUUGUUCCUAACUGUGUUUUCUCAGAGUGGGUUGACUCCGUUUCGACGUCCGCAGAGAGGUUGAACUCUGUUUUUCUCGAGUGAGUGUGAAGUACUGUUUUAAUGACGCGGUUUCCUCUGUGGAGAUGUUGGGGUUUUUUUUUUUCUUAUUUAUUUCUAUAUGGAGAACUGAGCGAGCAGAAGGCACUGGAGCUGUAUUUUCCUCAGCGAAGACGGUUUUCUAAUGAAGCGAGGAGGUGAAGGAUGUUUUCAGGAAGGUGUGUGAUGGAGGAGCUCGAAGGGAAGAUUUAAAAUUCAUCUCCCAUGCCAUACUUCGCCCUCUCUGCGUUUUUACUCAGUCUCAAAGUUAAGCUCGGGCUUUUCCUCGGUUGCUGCUCUCUCUCUCUCUCUCUCUCUCUCUCUCUCUCUCUCUCUCUCUCUCUCUCUCUCUCUCUCUCUCUCUCGUUAAGGUUUUCGUCUCUAGCCGUCGUCUUCCAAACUCACCUGGCCGGGGGAAAGCGUGCAGUUCUCCUCUUACCUGGCAUUCCUGAGUUUCUUCGAGUUUUUCAGUUGUUGUCAAAGUUGUUCAAAGAUAUUUUUGGAUAAAGUGCAAAUUUAAAAAAAGUUGUUAAUAAUAAUUAUAAUAACAAUAAAAAAAGUUGUUACUCUGUAAAA